AUGUCUGUCCUUGAUCAAAUCAAGAAAUUUACAACGAUUGUUGCUGAUUCUGGUGACUUUGAAUCCAUCGCAGAAUAUAAACCCCAAGAUUCUACUACCAAUCCUUCAUUGAUUUUGGCUGCUACAGCGAAACCACAAUAUGCAAAACUAGUGGAUGAUGCUAUUGAAUAUGCAAAGAAAAAAUCAAGUGAUCAAGCAGGAUGGGCAGUGGAUAAACUACUGGUCAAUUUUGGCACUGAAAUUCUAAAGAUUGUUCCUGGAAGAGUAUCAACUGAAGUAGAUGCACGAUUAUCAUUUGAUAAAGAAGGCACCAUCAACAAGGCGUUGAGAUUGAUUGAUCUAUACAAAGAAGAAGGUAUCGAUAAGGAAAGAAUCUUGAUCAAAAUUGCAUCUACCUGGGAAGGAAUCCAUGCUGCAUCAGUAUUGGAAAAAGAACAUGGUAUUCAUUGUAAUUUGACCUUGUUAUUUGGUUUUCCUCAAGCUGUUGCUUGUGCUGAAGCUGGAGUUACCUUGAUAUCACCUUUUGUUGGUCGUAUCAUGGAUUGGUAUAAGAAUAGUACUGGAGAAACAUAUGAUGAUGCCACAAAAGAUCCUGGAGUAUUAUCUGUCACCAAAAUCUAUAACUACUACAAGCAAAACAACUACAAAACCAUCGUCAUGGGUGCUUCCUUCCGAAACGUUGGCGAAAUCAAACAACUAGCAGGAUGUGACUUUUUGACCAUCUCACCCAACUUGUUAGCUGAGUUGCAGAAUGAGAAGACAUCAUUGGAUCGAGUUUUGAGUCCAGAAAAGGCAUGUAAAGAACCAAUGACUAAAGUGUCAUUCUUCAAUGAUGAAAAGGCUUUCCGUUGGGAAAUGAAUCAAGAUCCUAUGGCUACUGAAAAAUUGUCUGAAGGUAUCCGUAAAUUUGCGAUUGAUGGUAUCAAACUAGAAGAUAGCUUGAAGAAGAAACUUUCAGCAUGAAUCAUAUUAAUAAAUAAAAG